AUGGACUCGACUCCGCGACAACCUGAUCGCUUCAAGAUAGCUGAUCCAAUUCCUUCAUCCUCGCCUGCAUUUGGGACACCUGCGCUGGCUUUUCGGACCUUCACCCGUAAACACAAUCUUACAAUCUCGUCAUCCGCGCUUCAAACACUAGCAGUAUUUGUGGGCAAGAAUUGUGGUUCAGGAUGGCGCGAGGAAGGCUUAGCAGAGCGAGUCCUGGACGAAGUCGCCAAGAUAUGGAAAAGAGCCGGCGGGGGAGUGAUUGUCGAGGAAGGAAAAGGAGCGUCCUUGAAGACGAUUCUGCAAACCCUCGAGGGCAGUAUGAGCGGCGGAAGGGUGGUUUCUGGGAAAUCAACUUCCCAAGAUGGUCCCUUGAAGGCAUCCAGCCUGGGUUUAGAUGACGGGCGAAUUGAAACUGGCGAUACUUCAAACCCAGGGACCGAGGAAGAUGAUACACAACUGUCACUUCAUCCCAGGAAUUGGCUCAAGGUGAUUGCUGCCUUUGAUCUUCCGCGCCUGACGUAUAACGUCGACAAGAAAUACUUUGAAGCGAUCAAGUCGAAGCCAUCCUUAUUCCCAUCGCCAUCCCACAAGACUGCCUUAUUCCGAGAUAGAUACAAUCUCGUGUAUCAGCGACUUCUUCGAAAUGAGUCCUUUCAGAGCUCAUUGGGUACUGCUGGUGUGCCUUCGUUGCAACGUGCAUCGUCCAAUCUUGCCCAGCGACAAUCCUAUAAACUGACGCCAAUCGCAAACUUGCUGGGCAGAAGUGGAACCUCGCAUCUUUUGCUAGGAUUACUUUCUACAUCCCCCACUGGAGACUUGUCCCUGGUGGACUUGACUGGAAGUGUAGCAUUGGACUUGAGACACGCCCGAAUGAUACCCGAAGAUGGUGCAUGGUUUGCGCCAGGAAUGAUCGUGCUCGUCGACGGUAUCUAUGAAGAAGAGGAGAUGGUGAAAGGUGCUGCGUUGGGGGGAAAUACGGGGAUCGGGGGCGCCAUCGGAGGUCAGUUUGUUGGCAUAUCUAUUUGCGGACCUCCGUGUGAGCGACGUGAUAUUUCAUUGGGAACAAGCAGCCGCCAUGACGGGCAGCUGAGUUCGAGUGGUGGAUUUGGAUGGGUCGACUUUCUCGGACUCGGAAGUGAACGUGCUCAGGGCGCACGAAUGAGACGAAUCCAGGAACAAUGCCUGCGCAGAGAUCAGGAAACAGCGGAGACAACCAAGCUGAAGGUUGCUAUCAUGAGUGAAGUCAAUCUAGACCACAUGAAGACACUGGAUGCCUUGAGAAAGGUCUUCAGUACCUACAAUGACCUUUCUCUUCCUGAACGCCCACAAGCUUUUGUCUUGAUAGGCAAUUUUGCGCGGAAAGCCAUCAUCAGUGGAAGCGGUCGAGCUGGGAGCAUUGAGUACAAAGAAUACUUUGACUCGUUGGCCCUAGUUUUGUCCGAUUUCCCAGCAUUGUUGCAGCACUCGACCUUUGUAUUUGUGCCGGGUGAUAAUGAUCCUUGGGCAUCGGCAUUCUCUGCCGGUGCAGCUUCAACAAUACCGCGACAACCCAUCCCAGACCUGUUUACCUCUCGAGUAAGGCGUGCAUUCGCAACGGCGAAUUCGGAGAUAAACACUUCUCAGAACUCGGAACCCAUGGGAGACGCGAUUUGGACUUCGAACCCUGCGCGUCUUUCAUGGUUCGGGCCAGUGCAUGACAUCGCCAUCUUUCGCGAUGAUAUCUCUGGGAGGCUGAGACGUUGCGCUGUCAACACUACCCUUGACAGCGAUCCAGACGUUACAAUGCAGGAUCCAUUGAACAGCGGUGCUGCUGAAGCUGCAAUUGCUGCGGGCGGGAGCCAGCUAGACGACGUGGGUCAACAGGCCGGCAUCAAGGCUGCGGCCGUCUCGUCUGGAGCGUCGAUGGCCCGCAGACUAGUCAAGACAAUUUUGGACCAAGGAACACUCUCUCCGUUUCCGUUGCCAUUGCGGCCAGUCUUAUGGGAUCGUGCGUCCGCCUUGCAACUGUACCCGUUGCCAACCGCGUUGGUACUUGCAGACCCCGAAGCUGCGCCAUUCUGCAUGACCUAUGAAGGCUGUCAUGUUAUGAACCCCGGGCGCUUGCUGCCAGAGGGCGGUACCCCAACCGCGAGAUGGGUUGAGUAUGAUGUGGUACGCAACCGAGGGAAGAUCAGGGAACAGCGUUGUUAA